CGGGAUAAUCCCAUAGGUACCGCACUCUCUGACCUGAAGGACACUUUCUUGGGAGCACACACCACUGCCCAGUGCCUCCAAGGUGAGCUAGCCCCUCUGCGCAAAGGCUGGGCUAGCCUCACUGUCGUCACCUCGCUUAAACUAACGGAGUUGUAGCGCAGCUCGGGUAACUGACCCCAGGCACUGGGAGGUGGGGCUCCGCCUCCGACCUGGCUUUCUAGCUCUACGAACUCCUGGGGGCGGGCCUUCUCGCUCGCUUCUUACGCUGAUAGGCGGAGGUGCGAGGUAGGAAGUUGCGCAAUCGGCCUGCGACGACUCGGUGCGACGCGCAGUCGGUACGAACGCGAUCGGUGCUGUUAUGGCUUCCAGCGGGGUGACGGUGAGCGCCGCCGGCUCGACCAAGGAGGCCUCCGAGGUUCCAGACAACGUGGGAGACUGGCUCCGCGGCGUCUACCGCUUCGCCACCGAUCGGAACGACUUCCGGAGGAACUUGAUCCUCAAUCUGGGACUCUUUGCUGCAGGAGUUUGGCUGGCCAGGAACUUGAGUGACAUUGAUUUGAUGGCACCUCAGCCAGGGGUGUAGCCAGGUAAGCUCCUCACUUUCCUCUGCCUAUUGCAGGAACCCUAAAAGAUGAAGAUAGCAGUACAUUCUGUCAGCUGUUCACAGGAAGUAGGGGACUCCCGGGGUAAAGCCUGGCUCUUGGGCUUCUAGGUGAAAGCAGUUCUCCGGUGUUUUCUCGUUUCUAAUGCUACCUGUUAUCUGCUUGCAGAGAAUGGAAUUCCUGUGCAUUCAAACUUUCCAAAGACAGCCUACUGUCUGUGACCACCACAAGAUACUACCCGAAUGGCAGCUGAAGUUGACUCCCUCUCCUUGCCUGACCUCCCCCCCCCACACACACACACUAUGCCCCCAGCAUCAGCUGAAAUGUUGCCUCUGCACAGUUCUGUGUGCAGUUCCCAACUUUAUGCAGAGGGUAAUCUUGGCCCGUGUCCUGAAGAAUAGUAAUGGUCCUUGAAAAAGAUUUCAAAUAAAGCCUACACAUAAAGA